CGACGCAGAAGAUCACGCGAGAGCCGGUGCCUCUCAGAUCCCGGCGGCCCGUGCGGUGGAUAAGCUUUACGGCUUGUGGGUAAUGGCUGCUUUCACGUGUGUUGGGGGAGAUGCUGGGUUCGGUCGUUUGGAAGGUCCGGAUGGGCUAAAGCUUCUGCCGCAGUCCUCAGGCCUUCUGAGUGGAGUUCUCUGCUACCCAUGAUGCUUAGAGAAACUUCAGUGAAAUGACUCUUCAAGAACUAGUGCAUCAGGCUGCCUCCAUUUAUUCAGAUAAAAUAGCUGUAUGUUUUGAUGAGUGUAACAGCCAGCCUCCAGUUUAUUAUACCUAUGAAACUGUGGUUACUGUUGCUUCAGAAUUAUCAAAUUUCCUGCAAUUACACUGUGACUUUCAAGGAAUUCGGGAAGUUGGUCUCUUCUGCCAUCCUGGGAUAAACUUACCCUCUUGGAUUUUAGGAAUUCUCCAAGUCCCUGCUGCUUAUGCUCCAGUUGAUCCAGAUUCACCACCAGCAUUAUCAAUUCAUUUUAUGAAAAAAUGUAAUCUAAGUUAUAUUCUUGUUGAAAAACAGCAAAUUAAUAAAUUCAAAUCUUCCUACGAAACAUUAUUGAAUUAUGAUACACUUAAAGAACAUAAUGACCUAGUACUCUUCAGGCUUCACUGGAAAAAUGUUGAAGUGAGCUUGAUGCUAAAGGACAGAAAACAGAAAUAUGAAAAAGAAAAAAUGACAAACAGCACAAAUUCUGAGAACAGCAAUGAAGAAAAGUCAGAAGAGCACAUGGAUGUGAGGUUAAAGCAUUGCUUGGCCUAUGUUCUCCAUACAUCUGGCACUACAGGGAUACCUAAGAUUGUCAGAGUCCCUCAUGGAUGUAUAGUGCCAAACAUCCAACAUUUUCGGGUACUUUUUGAGGUCACACAGGAAGAUGUUUUGUUUCUUGCUUCACCUCUGACCUUUGAUCCUUCUGUUGUGGAAAUAUUUGUGGCUCUAUCAAGUGGUGCCUGUCUGCUUAUUGUACCAACUUCUGUCAAAGUGCUUCCGUCAAAGUUAGCUGCUGCUCUCUUUUCCCAUCACAGAGUAACUAUUUUACAGGCAACACCAACUUUGCUUAGAAGAUUUGGAUCUCAGCUUAUCAAGUCAACCGUUUUAUCAGCCAGUACUUCUCUUCGAGUAUUAGCCCUUGGCGGUGAAGCGUUUCCAUUAUUGACUGUUCUCAAAAGCUGGAGAGGAGUAGACAAUAAAACACAAAUAUUUAAUAUUUAUGGUAUCACAGAGGUAUCAAGUUGGGCAACUUUUUACAGGAUCCCAGAGAAGUUCCUUAAUUCUACUUUAAAAUGUGAAUUGCCGGUACCACUGGGAUUUCCACUGCUUGGAACAGUAGUUGAAGUCAGAGAUACUAAUGGUUUCACGAUUCAAGAGGGCCAUGGCCAAAUAUUUUUAGGUGGCAGAAAGAGAGUAUGUUUUCUUGAUGAUGAGACGACAGUACCUCUUGGCACAAUGCGAGCCACAGGAGAUUUGGUGAUGGUGAAAGAUGGAGAAAUGUUUUUCUUGGGACGAAAGGACAGUCAGAUCAAACGACAUGGCAAACGUCUUAACAUUGAACUUGUGCAACAGGUUGCUGAAGGACUUCAGCAAGUGGAGUCUUGUGCAGUUACCUGGUAUAAUCAGGAAAAAUUAAUUCUGUUUGUGGUGUCCAAAAAUGAUUUCGUAAAGGAAUACAUCUUUAAAGAACUGCAGAAACAUCUUCCAAGUCAUGCGAUCCCGGAUGAACUCUUGUUGAUCGAAUCUCUACCAUUUACAUCUCAUGGUAAAAUUGAUGUUUUGGAGUUAAACAAGAUAUAUUUAAACUAUUUAAACUUGAAAUCUGAGUGCAAACUCAAUGGAAAAGAGGAACUCUGGGAAAAAUUACAGUAUUUGUGGAAGUCGAUUCUGAAUCUCUCAGAAGAUCCUUUGAAGGUUCCCGAUGAGUCACUCUUCUUAAACAGUGGUGGAGAUUCCUUAAAGUCCGUACGGUUCCUCAAUGAGAUUGAGAAACUAGUUGGCACAUCAGUGCCUGGGCUUCUGGAGAUUAUUCUAAGCAGUUCCAUUUUAGAGAUUCACAAUCACGUCCUUCAGACAGUGUUUCCAGAUGAAGAUCUGGAAUUCAGCAAGAAUCAUGCCACGAAAAGAAAAUUCAGCGACAGUAACCAAGAAGAAACCAGUGGAAAAUCUUUACAUCAGAAAUCUGUCAUGACAUUAAGUUGUGACAAUGAACUAACUGCUUUUACUGCAGUGAGCAGAGGGAGUCAGAUUUUGUCACUGAAUACGAAGUCUUUCACUAGGUUAAGGCUUUGCUCUUCAGCCCAUUCUUCUGAUUUAAUUUCACUGACUAAUACUCAAAAUGUAAAAAGCUUAAAUCCUCCCGCUCUUCUUGGGAAGUCACAAGAUGCAUCCUGUGUUGCAGAGGUUUCUGAAGCAGGAACAUGUGUGGCAGCGGCCAAGAAAAUGGAGCUGCGCGUGAGAUGGAGGUCAGACACCGGCAAAUGUGUGGAUGCUUCCCCGCUGGUCGUAAUCCCUGCUGUCGAGAAGCCCUCCCCAACCGUGUACGUGGGCUCGCAUUCUCACAGAAUGACGGCCCUUGACCUUCACUCUGGCAAGGUGAAGUGGGAGCAGAUUUUGGGAGACCGAAUUGAAUCCUCAGCGUGUGUAUCUAGGUGUGGAAACUUCAUUGUAGUGGGCUGUUAUAAUGGGUUAGUUUAUGUUCUGAAAAGUAAUAGUGGAGAAACACACUGGACGUUUCCUACGGAGGAUGCUGUCAAGAGCUCGGCAGCCGUGGAUCCAACCACAGGGCUCCUCUACGUCGGCUCUCACGACCAGCGCGCAUAUGCUCUGGAUAUUUAUGAAAAGAAGUGUGUUUGGAAGUUACAUUGUGGAGGAACUGUCUUGUCUUCCCCUUGUUUGAGCCUGCUUCCACAUCACUUAUACGUGGCUACACUGGGAGGACUUUUACUGGCUAUAAAUCCUGCCACUGGGAAGAGAGUUUGGCAAUAUUCCUGUGGAAAACCACUCUUUUCUUCUCCACGGUGUGGCCUGCAGUAUGUUUGUAUUGGCUGCGUGGAUGGGAGUUUACUCUGCUUUACUCACUUUGGAGAACAGGUCUGGCAGUUCUCCACCGGGGAACCAAUCUUUUCGUCCCCAUGUACCUCAGCAUCAGAGCAAGAAAUAUUUUUUGGUUCCCACGAUUGCUUUAUCUACUGUUGUAAUAUGAAAGGUCAUCUCCAGUGGAAAUUUGAAACAACUUCACGGGUGUAUGCAACACCGUUUGCUUUCCAUCGCCAAGAAGGCAGCAGUGAAAUGUUGCUGGCAGCAGCAUCUACUGAUGGGAAGCUGUGGAUCUUGGACUCUAAGAGUGGACAACUGCAAAGCGUAAGACUUCUGUGAAAAACAAGAUCAGAAUAUACCCAGUGGGUUAAAAACUUAGUCCACGAUGUGAUGUUCCACUUAACCUAUUUACAGUGAGAUUUGUAACAAAGGUUUUCAAAGAAUUUCCCCCAUAGUUCGUUGAUCAGAAAAGACUGCAACACAACUAAAGCAAAAUAACACUUCAUUGGUAUUUAGUGCAAAUUUGGAGCCAUUUUACACGAAAUAUUAAACAUGGACCCUUUAGAAGUUGCUGGAAGUAAGUGCUGUGACUAUCCUGUCCUCAGUGUACCCUUUUACUUUUGAAGACUUGAAGAGAAACUGUGUAACUGAGGUAUUUUCUCCUACUUUGUGUGUGCUCGGUGCCAUGUGCGCCAGCAGCGGUGGCUCACCUAGGACCCUUCGCCAGUGACCCGACUGCUUCCCCGUCCUCCACCCUCACUGCGGUGUCCCCCAGAGCUGGCGGGAGAGAGGAAAAGUUCAGGAUUCUCGCUGCCCUGCAGACCAGGGCUCUAGUGGGAAGACUCCCAUUAGAAAGUGUGUUCUGUCUGUAGUGACACCACGGAGAACGAACAAAUGCCGCCACGUCUGAUUUAGAAAUGAACAUCGGUGUGGAAAACAUGCAGCGGGCUAUUAAUUGCUUCCCACAGAAAUAAAAGAAAAUUAGUUACACUGAUUCUUAACAGAUGGAAGGGCUGGUCUAUAGAACAUUAAAGCCAACUUGCAAGGGUACAACUGUCCGCUUGACCACACCUGCCCGCUGCUAACCAUGGGGCUGAGCCAUCGUUUCCAGAAAGAAAAUGCCUUCUACACGGGGAGUGACAGCAACGAUACGUUGCCAGUCAAAUGAGCUCUGCGUAGAGGCAAAUAACGAUGGAUGAUGGUAAGAUGUGUUUUUGCAAGAGAGGAAAAAGGAAUGCAGCUCCCCAUGCACUGGGCGAGAGAGGUGUACUUCUACUGUGGGGCUCGGUUCCGGCCGAGGAGAAUGUGCCACCCCCGUGCGCUGUAAUGUCCGUGUUGGCAACGUGUGGCUUUGCUGGUGGGUCUGUGCCUCAUGCUUUUGAACUGCCACGUCCCUUCUCUGGACCACGUGUACGGAUAGCAGCAAGGCCACUGAAGACUCGGAGGUGGUUUUUAAAGGUACCAAGGUGAAUGCUCAAAAUUAUAAAUGCCGUUGAACAGCUGACUGAAUAUGAAUCACUCAACUAUGGUGAAGAAACUUCCACAGAAGUCCUCAGUACAAAGGCUCCAAGUCUUGGCUUCCUGUUAAAAUCUCCCUAAAGACCUAAGGAAUAUUCAGAGACAUUCAACGUCAGUAGCUUCUCCUAUCUUAGAGUAGAAGUCUGGCUUGGGGGAUUGUUUUUUUAUUUUUCCUCUCACUUAUUUGGGUAAAAUGAGCCUCCCCUUCAGAGUUUUAAAAGCUCGAUUACCCUGGAAGCAGUGUAUCCCCCGGUACUCCUUUGGGAUGUGUCAGAAUUCGUCUGCUAGACCUUCCCGGCCCGGACUCACAGGCUCUAACUCGGAAGGCAGGAGACGGAGCUGGACGCCUUAACCACCGCACUGGGGGAGAUUCUCGGAGCUGGGAAGGCAACCUGUCGCUUCCUUUCUUCAUGAUCCUAAAUAAAAAUGUUCCCUCGGAGCCACAUGGGCCAAAUGUUUAACACGUCUUUACGGAGAGCACUGGUAUGACAGGACCUAUGGGACAUCAGUGUGGCGGAAGGGUGAGGAGAUGUGCUGUGUCAGGUGCAGAUGAGGGGACGUCAGAAAAGCAGACACGGGCAGAGACGGCAGCCAGGCUGUUAGGAUUCCCAGUUACUCAGUGCACUCAGGAGAACUGGCAUCUUGUUUCUGUCUGUAUGGCCCUUUCUCUCACCAUGAUUGUAGAAAAGGAAAAAACAUAUGGUAGGGUAAAUGUUCCAGAUUAAAUAAGUUGGAGAACCGAAAAAUCAUUUAAAAGAUUGGCAAAAGUCCUGUUCUAAAUGGUGUGUGCAUGUGUAUGUGUAGAAGGCGCCUAGUAGGCUCUUGUGAAAAAUUCUUAGUUUGGAGAUUCUGCUUCACGUGGUCCCUCGAAUGGAAGUUUCUCUUGAGAACAAGGAGGAGCCCCAGGCACCAGGAUCUAGGAUUGUGCAAAUACACUUGACAAGGAAUGCCGCCGAUUCAGUUUCUGCACAUGAUUUUAGAGCCUAUAACACAUGCUGCUUUUCCCUAGUGUGGUGUCUUCACCUCAUAUAAAAAAUAAAUAACAAGGG